CAACAUUUAGCCAACUUCCUGCUGCCCUUCGUUCGGCUAUUGGCGAAGUUAGCCGCUUUAUUUAGGAAAAGAUCAUGGUUUGCGAAAAAUGUGAGAAGAAACUUGGGAGGGUCAUCACUCCAGAUACCUGGAAAGACGGCGCAAGAAACACAACAGAGAGCGGAGGCAGGAAAAUAAACGAGAACAAGAUGCUUACGUCGAAAAAGGCAAGGUUUGAUCCCUAUGGGAAGACUGGAUUUGCCACCUGCAGGAUAUGCAAAAGUUCCGUCCACCAGUCUGGAUCACACUACUGUCAGGGCUGUGCCUACAAGAAAGGAAUCUGCGCCAUGUGUGGGAAGAAGGUUCUGGAUACAAAGAACUACAAACAGACAUCAGUUUGAUGGAUCUCUCCUGAACAAAAGAUUGUUUUAAUAACUAUUUGGAGGGCUGCAUGAUAAUGGUGUGUGAUGAUUUUCACCAACCCAAAACUCCACAGGUAGCCUAGUCAGUCAGUUUAAUGGUGGCAUCAAGCACCACAGUCUCUGUUCAUAUUGUUAAAUGUGUACGUGCGUGGAGUCGUCUGAUAGCUGUAUCGGUCUAACUGCUAAAUAGCCCUCCCUUAGACUUUUAAGCAAUAUGUGGGCUUGCACUGUUUCAAUAUUUUCUCAAAGUGCUUACUGGUAUGUAGUCCACAUUGUCGUUUCUUUAUUUCUUUUUAUUUUUGGCAUUGUUUGUAAAUUUUUGUACAUUUCCACAAAGAUACCCUAUAUGCUGGCUCAAUGAAAACACACAAUAACCCUUAACUACAGAUUGCAGCAAACCAAAUAAAGAGAGAACUUCUCUCUCUCUCCUCCGCUAGCAAUCAUGUAAUGUAGCUUGCAGGCAGACCUCUCACGACACUUCAUUAGUGGUUUCCUCUCCUCAUGUCCUGAUGUUUCCUGAUAGAGCCAUGGAACCUUUUAGACUCCGGCCAACGGUCAAGUUUCUGACAUUUAAAUAUCAUCUCUACCCUGAAGCUAAGGUGUUUUUUUUUUUUGUUUUUUUUUUUUCGUUUUUAUAUUUUUCUUGUUCUGCACUCACCUCUCAUAGCUCUCACCAGUCAUUUGUUCUGUAGUCACCUGAUGUCUGACAUGAGUGAAGAUGAAUUAUUUGAAAUGGACAGAGUUAUUGUUGUCUUGGGCUGUCCUGCCAGUCAUGAGUUUAACGAUAUCCAUCACCAACAUUUUUUUAUCUUUGUGUUUUGUUUUGUUUUUCCCAUGAAACUGAUGUCUGCUUUUAUUUUAUUUUCAUAAACAUUGUUAUUUGUUG